AUGACCGACCAACCGUCGGAAGAAGCGUUGGUGGCGUACAUCCAACAGAAUGAGCAGGCAAUGUAUGGUCCAUUCUUUGGAAGCCUUGGCGUCUCGGCUGCGAUGAUGUUCACAGCGGCUGGAUCUGCCUAUGGUACAGCCAAAUCUGGUACCGGCAUUGCUUCGAUGGCUGUUUCGAGACCGGACCUUGUGAUGAAGGCCAUCAUCCCCGUCGUCAUGGCUGGUAUCGUAGCCAUCUACGGACUCGUCGUCGCUGUUAUUGUAUCCGGAAAGAUCAACUCCGGUGGCAAAGAAUACACGAUCAACCAAGGAUUUUCGCAAUUUGCUGGAGGACUCGUCUGCGGAUUGUGCGGUCUUGGUGCUGGAUACGCCAUUGGAAUUGCCGGAGAUGCCGGAGUUCGUGCCCUCUCCCAACAGCCUCGAUUCUUCGUCGGCAUGAUCCUCAUUCUUAUCUUCGCUGAAGUGUUGGGUCUCUACGGUAUGAUCGUCGCUCUGAUCCUCGGAACCUCU